UAUUCAACAUGGACGACUUCGCAGGUUGUCCGCUCUAUAUUUCCGGUUGUUCUGGGUAAGAGUUGGACAUUUUUGACUGAUCGGGACAAAUGCAGCUCCAGUCAGUCUGAGGGAAGUCCGGCUGCUGCCAUGUGACUCCCCCGCUGAACCCGAGCCCCGCGCGGUAUGCCAGCCGUCAUGUGGAGCCCGCACACCGGUAAGUGACACCGCCUGCGCCCGGUGUCGUCCAACGGAGCAGCUACACGUCGACUUUCCUGCUCCUGGGGUUUUUCCCGCUUCUUAAAUUCAGACUCGAGAGGUAAAGUUUGGACUCGACUCAAGAAAAGUGUGUGCAAACGGUGCGUAAACGGUGCGCUUCAGACGCAGACAUGCGCUCUCUGGUGGGACUCGCGGUGAUCAUGGCGGCGGCGAGCGUGUACCUGUACCUGCUGUCCACGCACCUUCCCCGGGGAGUGAGGCCCAGCGAGCCCGGGGCGGAGCUGGAGGACGACGAGUACAGUCUGAAGUUCCCCUCGGACCUGGAUGAACUGAAGGAGCUGGCGUACAUGUUGAAGCUGUAUAAGAGAAAUCACCAUGGAUACGUGGUUCUGCUCUUCUGCUCCGCCUACCUCUACAAACAAUCGUUCGCCAUCCCAGGCUCCUCCUUCCUGAACAUGUUAGCGGGGGCCAUCUUCGGUCCGUGGGAGGGGCUGCUCCUGGCCUGUCUGCUCACCACCACCGGCUCCACCUUCUGUUACCUGCUCUCCGCUGCCUUCGGCAAACAGUACGUGGUCCAGUUCUUCCCCGACAAGGUGGCCCUGCUUCAGAGGAAGGUGGAGGAGAACCGCAGCAGUCUGUUCUUCUUCCUUCUCUUCCUGAGGUUCUUCCCCAUGACUCCAAACUGGUUCCUGAACAUCACGUGCCCUGUGCUCAGUGUGCCCAUGCCCAUCUUCUUCUCCUCCGUCUUCAUAGGCCUGAUCCCGUACAACUUCAUCUGCGUGCGCACCGGCUCCAUCCUCUCACAGAUCUCCUCUCUGGACGAUAUCUUCUCCUGGGGAACUCUGGCUCAGCUGCUCGCCAUCGCCCUCAUGGCCCUGCUCCCGGGGGCCCUCAUCAAACACUACAGCAAGGGCCAUCUGAGCGUGGACGACCUGGACUGUCACGAGGAGAAGAGAUCAGAGACCAGAGACAAGAGACACAAGGAGACAGAGCACAGGGAGCGCAAGAGACGGUGACUGUAGAGCCGCAGAGACUGUAGAGGGGGACAAGAUGGACAUGCCUUUAUAGUGGGAACUAACUGGCUCCCAACUACUGCCAAAGUGUUUACUGUGUCAGGAGAAUUCACAGUGCCUUAUUUCAGGAUCCUGAGCACUUAUUUUUAUGCUGCAUUUUUGCAUUUUUAAGAGAGUGGUGCUACAUGUCUUACAUAUUUAUUCUCAUUCUGUUUUGUGUCUGAUGUGAAAUGUGCUCACGUGUCUUAAUACUUGAGAGAAUUUUUUUCUGGGAGUAGUUGAAGUUUUACACAUCAGAGGAGAGCAGUAGUUUUACACAGGCCCUAAUGCUGCAGAGGUCUGAGAUCAGGGACCUCCCCCAAUGCACUUAGAAUCACAACUGGACUGCAGACAUACCAGGACUUCUUUAUUUAUGUUAUUAGGUUCUUUUUACAGACCAAGAGUUUGUUUUCAUACCUGACAGUUUGGACUGCUCACUAGCGCUCUUCCUCAGAGUGAUCACGUGAUGUUGCUGUGUCGUGUCCGGUCAGUUGAUUUAAACAGGUUUUGGCGCUGUCUUCCUACCGAUGGAGGCAGGACGACAGCGCCAUCUGCAGUCCCACUCCCUCAGGACAGUAUCCCUGGUGUGUGAGAGUAAAAAAGCCCCUCAUCCCAGUUUAUAGUCCCGUAUAAAUCAGAUAACCGGACACAUCACAGCAACAUCACGUGACUCUGAGGAAGAGCGUUAGUGAACAGUCAAAACUGUCAGGUAUGA